GUUCUCAGUAAGAAACUCUUUCUUUUUUCAGUCCCAAUCACUUCUGCCUGCAAGCUGACGGAGGAGUUUGUUCAAUAGGAGAACAGAGUCUAUGGAGGCGACUAGGACCCUUAAGCCGAGUGUUUACCGGUCUGCAGGUCAUCUUCAAGAAAAAGUUUAAUACAGGAUUGCUGCAACUGGCACCAUGGGCAACCACCCUGCAAUUCCACAUGGACCACAGAAAAAAAAGCGCAGGAUCCCAGCCAUCCUACGGCGUCUGUCACCGUUUCUGAUCUGUUGCCUUAUAUUCACAUUGAUCACUGGUCUGCGCAUUUAUUAUACUUCAGUUAUUGGGGCUAAGCUGAAGGACCUGGAGAACAUCAAGUUUCAUGAAACUUCUGCGAAGGACUGGAGGGAACCGCAUUUGGAUUUGACAACCCUACAACCUUCCUACCACAGACCCCGUUACUACUACACCACACCACGACCUUAUUACGGCGGAAUACGUAAUUUCAACAAUAGACGUUACUACUACACCACACCACGACCUUAUUACGGCGGAAUACGUCAUUUCAACAAUAGACGUUACUACUACACCACACCACGACCUUAUUACGGCGGAAUACGUCAUUUCAACAAUAGACGUUACUACUACACCACACCACGACCUUAUUACGGCGGAAUACGUAAUUUCAACAAUAGACGUUACUACUACACCACACCACGACCUUAUUACGGCGGAAUACGUCAUUUCAACAAUAGACGUUACUACUACACCACACCACGACCUUAUUACGGCGGAAUACGUAAUUUCAACAACAGACGUUACUACUACACCACACCACGACCUUAUUACGGCGGAAUACGUAAUUUCAACAACAGGCGUUACUACUACACCACACCACGACCUUAUUACGGCGGAAUACGUCAUUUCAACAACAGACGUUACUACACCACACCACGACCUUAUUACGGCGGAAUACGUAAUUUCAACAACAGGCGUUACUACUACACCACACCACGACCUUAUUACGGCGGAAUACGUCAUUUCAACAACAGACGUUACUACUACACCACACCACAACCUUAUUACGGCGGAAUACGUAAUUUCAACAACAGGCGUUACUACACCACACCACGACCUUAUUACGGCGGAAUACGUAAUUUCAACAACAGACGUUACUACUACACCACACCACGACCUUAUUACGGCGGAAUACGUCAUUUCAACAACAGACGUUACUACUACACCACACCACGACCUUAUUACGGAGGAAUACGUAAUUUCAACAACAGGCGUUACUACACCACACCACGACCUUAUUACGGCGGAAUACGUCAUUUCAACAACAGGCGUUACUACACCACACCACGACCUUAUUACGGCGGAAUACGUCAUUUCAACAACAGGCGUUACUACACCACACCACGACCUUAUUACGGCGGAAUACGUCAUUUCAACAACAGACGUUACUACACCACACCACGACCUUAUUACGGCGGAAUACGUCAUUUCAACAACAGACGUUACUACACCACACCACGACCUUAUUACGGCGGAAUACGUAAUUUCAACAACAGACGUUACUACAACACCACACCACGACCUUAUUACGGCGGAAUACGUCAUUUCUACAACAGACGUUACUACUACACCACACCACGACCUUAUUACGGCGGAAUACGUCAUUUCAACAACAGACGUUACUACACCACACCACAACCUUAUUACGGCGGAAUACGUCAUUUCAACAACAGGCGUUACUACACCACACCACGACCUUAUUACGGCGGAAUACGUAAUUUCAACAACUGGCGUUACAACACCACACAACGACCUUAUUACGGCGGAAUACGUAAUUUCAACAACUGGCGUUACAACACCACACCACGACCUUAUUACGGCGGAAUACGUAAUUUCAACAACUGGCGUUACAACACCACACAACGACCUUAUUACGGAGGAAUACGUAAUUUCAACAACAGGCGUUACUACACCACACCACGACCUUAUUACGGCGGAAUACGUCAUUUCAACAACUGGCGUUACAACACCACACAACGACCUUAUUACGGAGGAAUAUGUAAUUUCAACAACAGGCGUUACUACUACACCACACCACGACCUUAUUACGGCGGAAUACGUAAUUUCAACUACAGACGUUACUACACCACACCACGACCUUAUUACGGAGGAAUACGUAAUUUCAACAACUGGCGUUACAACCCCACACAACGACCUUAUUACGGCGGAAUACGUAAUUUCAACAACAGGCGUUACAACCCCACACAACGACCUUAUUACGGCGGAAUACGUAAUUUCAAAAACAGGCGUUACUACACCACACCACGACCUUAUUACGGCGGAAUACGUAAUUUCAACAACUGGCGUUACUAUACCACACCACAACCUUAUUACGGUGGAAUACGUAAUUUCAACAACAGGCGUUACUACACCACACCACGACCUUAUUACGGCGGAAUACGUCAUUUCAACAACUGGCGUUACAACACCACACAACGACCUUAUUACGGAGGAAUAUGUAAUUUCAACAACAGGCGUUACUACUACACCACACCACGACCUUAUUACGGCGGAAUACGUAAUUUCAACUACAGACGUUACUACACCACACCACGACCUUAUUACGGAGGAAUACGUAAUUUCAACAACUGGCGUUACAACCCCACACAACGACCUUAUUACGGCGGAAUACGUAAUUUCAACAACAGGCGUUACAACCCCACACAACGACCUUAUUACGGCGGAAUACGUAAUUUCAAAAACAGGCGUUACUACACCACACCACGACCUUAUUACGGCGGAAUACGUAAUUUCAACAACUGGCGUUACUAUACCACACCACAACCUUAUUACGGUGGAAUACGUAAUUUCAACAACUGGCGUUACAACACCACACCACGACCUUAUUACGGCGGAAUACGUAAUUUUAACAACUGGCGUUACAACCCCACACAACGACCUUAUUACGGCGGAAUACGUAAUUUCAACAACUGGCGUUACAACACCACACCACGACCUUAUUACGGUGGAAUACGUAAUUUCAACAACAGGCGUUACUACACCACACCACAACCUUAUUACGGCGGAAUACGUAAUUUCAACAACAGGCGUUACUACUACACCAUACCACGACCUUAUUACGGCGGAAUACGUAAUUUCAACAACAGGCGUUACUACUACACCACACCACGACCUUAUUACGGCGGAAUACGUAAUUUCAACAACAGGCGUUACUACACCACACCACGACCUUACUAUGGCAGACCAGAUUAUAAGUUUACCACAACAAGUCCUAACUACAAUAACCUACGUAAUUUCCAAACAUCACCAAGUUACUUCUACAACAGAAAAAAAAGACAAACUGAACCUUGCCCACAAGGUUGGUUCCUCUUCCAGUCCAGCUGCUACAUGAUCAGCAGCAGGAAGCUUGUAGAUCAAAAAACUUGGGAUGAAGCUCGAGAUGACUGCAGAUCAAGGGAUGCAGAGUUGGUGAUUGUUGGAACUCCUGAGGAGCAGGACUUUAUCUAUAAAAGUGGUUUAGCUGGGGCAGAAAUUAGCGGCUACUGGAUUGGCCUUAGGGUUGAUGGUGUUGGCUGGAAGUGGGUCAAUGGCAGUGAGAUUACAAACAGCUACUGGUUACAACAAUCUGAGGCGAAACUUCACUGUGCGACUUCUGUUAAAGAGGCUAAUGGAUGGAAAUCUGUGAGCUGUAAUGGAAAAAAAGGUUGGAUCUGUCAACAGAAGGCUUUGAAUUCAUAAAUUUAGCAAGAAGAAAAACACCAAAUAUGAUUACAAUCGUCAAUGUCAGUGUUUCUGUCAUGAUUCUGCCCUUUCUUUUUUACAUCUUCAGUUACACUUUGAUUUAUGAUGUCAUUCUGUGUCAUUGAUUUGUUUUCCAUUUUGUGUUAUGUUU